GUGCCGGGGGCUGGCGGCGGGGGGCGGGGGGCUGCCGGCAGCGCCCUCCCCGCCGGCCCGGGGGGCGCGGCUGCGGCGCAGGCGGCGGCAGCGCAGCCGCGCGGAGCCGCGCGGAGCGGCGCGGAGCGGCGCAGGCCGGGCCGCAGAUAAGAGAUGGAAGCAUCGGCCACGCUUCACAGCAAACCUCACGUAACCUGAGAGAGGAACUGAAGCAGAAAGCAAAGCUAGACAAAGCAGCACCUGACUUGUCACUGGAGGGCAGAAAACAGCCACUGCCGGCCUCUGGCUUUACUGGUGCUCCAAUCCAGCUCCCUGGGCAACGUGGAACUGCAAAUAGCUCAGAAAGCGCAAGUUCUUUCCAGGUCCAUGGGGUGAAUAAAAAUUGUUAACUUUUGGCUUGAUUGUCAUCCUUUGGGGGAGAAAAAAGUAAUGUCAGACUGGUAAUUAAAUGGUCGUGCUGUUAGACCCAGUGCAACUGGAAGUGGAUUGUCCCGGAGGUGAGAGUGACUCUUGCCAGCAAAGCCUAGCAGAAGCUUGUUCAACUUCACGUCUAUGCGGGAUUCCUUGGAGAGAUGAUAAAGGGAGACAUAAGACAAAGAGAGAGUUGUAAAGUGCAUGUGAUAGCUUCAGCAGAACUUCUCUUCACUGCCACAUCCGCUCGUUAAAAAGCAACUAACGUUAUUUUGAAAACAACUUGAGGAAAAAAUGUGCCUUGAGCAUCUCUGCAGUUCCUGUGUCUGAUGCGUUAAUCAAGGAAAACGGUAAUGUAACACAAACAAAGUGAACAUGGUGAAGGCAGCUACGGAAAUUCAAAUGGAGAACCCAAGAGAGGCAGAGACUCACAGCACCGGGGCGACAUGCUCCCCGUUGGAGGAACAGGCAGAAAAACCCUCCAUGCUCUGCUUUAAGAAGCGAAAGAAGUCCCGUAAGAAGGGGCUCACCAUGAGGGAUGCACGUGAAGGAGCCUCAGAGGAGAAAAGCCAAUGUGUCAGCACUGACCAAGGGGAGGUGAAAGUUUCUAACCAGUCACGAUCCUCCAGAGGAGCCUGGACAGCCAUCAAAAACCUCGCAAGGCCUCGGAGAAGGCAGAAAUCCUCACGGAAGAAGGUGCCGUCUGAUUCCCAAGUGCGGCUGGAGGUGGAUGCUGAGGAGGGCUGCGCGCAAGGCGUCCCGAAGAAGCGGGUUUGCUCUGGCGUGAAGAUGCCCUGUGUACGGUUCUCCAGAGGCAGGAAAAAACCCAGCCCCUCCAAAGCAGUGGAGGAGUCAGAGGACAGUGUUCAAGCAAACGAAGCGAUGGGCAUUGUGAAUAAAGCUAGUGAAGAGCUGGAGGAUUUGUCCCCGGUGGACAAGCCUGAAUCCUUAAGCCCAGCCUCUGCAGAGGAGGACCAGGAUACGGCAAAGGAAAGUGCUAGUUCUGUUGACAAGAGUGAGCCCGUGACAGAGCCCACACCCGAUGCAGAGGAACAUACAGAGUGCACCAUCGAGUCGGAGAUAACUGAUUCAGAGACAGUUAAUGAAACAUUGCAGGAAAAACUGCAGGAGGAGAGCCCACCCGAAACCACAGUCCAUGUGGAAGGUGGCGAGGUUGCUGCUGAAGUGCCCAUUUCCAAGGAUCAACCUGACAGCACCCCAGAAACCACUGAGCUGCAGGAAAUCCCUAAUAUCUGCAAAGAGCUGCCUGAAGGGAAUGAAUCAGAAAAGAGCAUAAAUCUUCCUGAGGAAUGCAAAGUCAAAGAGACCGUAACGGAAUUCAAUCAGUCAGCAUCUAAAGAUGAUGCAGCGAGCGUGGAGGACAGCUCCAGCCAUCAGGUGCCAUUAGGAGCAAACAUAGGGACAGCUGUUGGCAUCGUCAUCACUGUCACCGAAGCUGAGGACUCUGACAACACCGACUCUGACCAGGCCUAUGAGCCAUCCCCUGUUUUGCACCGAAAUAAGCAAAAAGGGAACAAAAAAUCAAGCAGCAGCUUUGACUCAGGUAAAAAAGAGGGUCCUGAGGCUGGUGGUGAUGCCCAAGCAGAUGAGAAAGCUCAAGGCGACCAGGAGCACAGAACUGGGGAGCAGUACGAAUUGCUCCUCGUAGAAACCGCCUCUUCCCUUGUGAAGGCAGCCAUUCAGUCGUCCAUAGAGCAGCUGGUCAAUGAAAUGGCCCUGGAACAGAAUAAACACAACAGUUUUCUGUGAUGGCACUGAUGCCCCCAAAAUAAAGAGUACAGGGAGUGAUUUAAAGCUCCGUUUGGCCUGGGGUGUGUAUGCAGAGCUCGAAGGGUUCCUGAGGCCGAGGCGUAGUUAAUUCUGCAUGCCCGUUCAGUUGUGUGUCUAUGUGAAACGGAUCCUGGAACAUGGGGCAGACCCUGCUAUGUACAGUGUGUCCCCUGGGGCUGGGCUUCAGACAGCGCCAUUGACCGCAGCUGCGGGAAAAGGAAGGUAUUGCAGUGACUCUAUUUUCAUUUAUUGGCAUCUUUAUGUCAAGGCCACACUUCUGCCAUCAUCCAUGCCAGGUUUCCCCACUGUUCAUGCUAUAAAUCUGUAUGUACCAUGCAUUUAGUGAGAGGUCCCAAGAGGUGUCGAGUGCCUGACCUGCUGCUGGGCUGUAUUCAGGGCACGUCGGACGUGGUUGGAGGUUUGCCCUGGGGUUCAGCAGAGAUGAGGGAGAGUGGAGUGACUGCAAUGUUAACAUGAAGACGUCAAUGCCAGACAGGCUCAGGCCAGUGUUUAGUAUUGCAAACAGGUACUCGCUAUGUACAGAUGCCAGAAACCGUGGUCACCCCUGCUGUCGUGUCGCAUGAAGCUGGAUGACUGCAGUGGGUGAUGGUUUUCAUUUGGCCUCUUCUCCUGUCAAAUGCCUGUGCAUUUCCACACAUGUGUUAAAGCACGGCAUCAGCCACUCACCUUUCUGACCUUGGGCUGUGCAAAUGCCAAGGAAACAACAGCCGGACAGUCUGCUGGGGGCCAUUCUCACACCAUUAAGCUCAAUGAGCAAAAUUCCCAGCGGCAUCAGUGGUGCGGGCUGGGCAGGAGUGUGCCUGCUGCGGGCAGCCCCUCUCCUUCCCUUGCCUUCCUCCAUUCCAGUCAUGAUGUUGUGGUGAAGCUGUCCUCGGAUGUAGCAUAUUUUUGAUAUAUGGCAUGUGAUAUAAAUAGCAGUGAGCUGCAUGCGUGUUAGCAGACAACUAUUGCCUCCGCGCUGACAUAGUUUGGGGAACUGCUGGCGCUCAAAUUGCUUUGAUUUGGUCUGAGCGCUGCUGGCGUCCCUGGGUGCUGGCGGCAGCCUGUCCCACACUGCUCCAGCUCCCCCCUCACUGCAAAGCCUGCCUGACUUCAGCCAAGCCCGGGCAUCCCUUGGGAAAUGUGCAUUAUGCCUGGCUCACUGCUGCUGGGCUCUGGCUGGCUCCGGCACGUCACGUAGCUUGCGCUGAUACACACAGGGAAAUGCUGGAGCAAUCUUACCAAAGUCCUCAGGGAAAAAAUCUAGACAUGAGGGCCUGGGGACCUGGCUGUAAAAUGUCUGGACAGGCCAAUUGCCAUCAAACCCCACAAACUGCCCUGUUCUGAGCGGGUGUGCACCAGCAUGGUGUGUGUGUACGAGCAUCACCUCUACCUACCAGCUCUCCAAGAGAAAGGGGCCUUUUAAUAAUGUGGAAUUGCAUCUGCGCAGCUGGGAUUUACGUACAGCUGUGGGCAAGUCAGCCUGUUCUUCUGAGAAAAUUCUCCUGUGUUUUUCUCGGCUGAUACAGAAAUAGCAGCCUGGCUUGGCAAUUUCUCACUGACCAUAGGCAGUGCACUGAGAUUUCCCUUCCCAGCAUAGGAUUUGGAUUCCUCUUAAAAUACAAGGGCUGUAAACUUUCAUAGUACCUGGUGCGCAACCAUGUUUUAAACUUUGAUAAAGCAUCUCCAUUGUUACGAGAGGACUGUGAGCAGUGGGUGCCACAGGUUGUUUCUGUGCAAGUUGAACUUAAGAAAAAUCACAGGAUGUUAAAAAAGAAGUGUCUUCUUCCUCUGUGGAUUUAUUUAAUAAGUUAUCAGAUAUCAAUAAUUCAGUGUGUAAAAUUUUAAUGGCUUUGUACUUCAUACUGGUCUUUCCAGGUAUUUUGCCAUACUUUCGAAAGGAACUUUUUAAGGACUUUCAUAUGUACCUGCUGCAGUCCCCUGAGAAGAGCCAUACUGAUGCUGGAGGUUGUUAUGGGAUUACACUGGGCACUGCAGCUGGUCGGUGCUGAGCAAAGGGUCGCAGCAGCUCUGUGGGGCCCCACUGGCGUUGGCUGUGGAGGAGGAUGUCUGGGCUCUGGUAAAGAAACACGAAAUGACCCUGUGGGGCCAGGCUGCCAUCUUCUGUCAGCCUGCUAAGCAGUUUCAGGAGGAUUUCAUGUAUUUCAGUAUUGCCUUUGGGGUGAAAUGCAUCUUCAAAAGAGGAAGAGAAUGGCAGAAAUGCUGUGGUCCAGCCCAGCCCCUGUGACAGUUUCUCCACAUCCAGAGUUGUGUUUGCAUCCUUUCUGUAGCUGGUUCUUCCCUCUGUUAUAGCUGUACAUAUAACUGACAAUUAUUUCAUUAAAGUUGACUGUACCUGUUG